UCUUGCUAAUAUGUAAAUCUAAGGACAGUUCAGUGAUUCAUUGCACUCCAGUUAGCAAUAGGCUAAGCUCUUCUUGCAAAGAAUAAAGAUCAAAUUUUGAGAUCUCAGGCAGUUGGGACAAAGCCACCAAAGGCAAGAAAAGCGUAACCCCAAAUUCUCAUUCUCUAUCCUUUACAUGUGUCAAAGUACGAUUGGUUCCUUUUCUUCGGGUACCAAGCAGAACAGUCAUCCAUGUAUAUACUUCGAGUGGAUAAGCCCAGAAGGAAGCCCCUUAAAUUAACAGACGUAACAGCCACCAAACUGCACAAAGUACUUUUGGAUUGGUCAUUCAUGGCUCUAACCAUUGCCUCUUCUUCAUUGUCAAGCCUUCUAUCCAGUACCAGGGAAAUACCUCAAAAAGCUUUUAUAAGGAAAAUUGGAACAUGCCAAGUAGGGAAAGCUAAAGUGAAGCUGAAUGCAACUAAAGGUGGGGUUUCAACUGUCUGUGAACCACUUCCUCCAGAUAGACCACUGUGGUUCCCUGGCAGUUCACCUCCUGAAUGGCUUGAUGGAAGUCUUCCUGGAGAUUUUGGCUUCGACCCUCUUGGAUUAGGGUCUGAUCCAGAAUUGCUGAAAUGGUUUGCACAAGCCGAACUAAUGCACAGCAGGUGGGCAAUGCUUGCAGUGGCAGGAAUUCUCAUUCCAGAAUGGCUUGAAAGCCUAGGCUUCAUAGAGAAUUAUAAUUGGUUUGAUGCUGGUGCUAGGGAAUAUUUUGCAGAUCCAACAACCUUGUUUAUAGUGCAGUUAGUCUUGAUGGGUUGGGUUGAGGGAAGAAGAUGGGCAGAUAUGAUUAAGCCAGGGUGUGUUGACAUAGAGCCUACAUUACCAAACAAAACUAAACCAAAGCCAGAUGUUGGCUACCCGGGUGGGUUAUGGUUUGAUCCCUUGAUGUGGGGUAGAGGUUCUCCAGAGCCCGUAAUGGUGUUAAGGACUAAGGAGAUUAAGAAUGGGCGUCUUGCUAUGCUAGCGUUUGUUGGCUUCUGCUUUCAGGCCGUUUAUACUGGCGAAGGCCCUAUUGAAAACCUGAUGGCUCACAUUGCAGAUCCUGGUCAUUGCAAUAUAUUCUCUGCUUUCACAUCUCAAUGAUGGCGAGGGCAUGCUCAGAGGACUGGUAUUGCAAGAAAGUUCCAAACAGAUAGCCAGGGCCUGUGUACAUAUUGACUGAUUUUCUUGGUUAUGAGUGGAUGAUAACUUGCAAAACAAGAGUAGGAAGCCCUGUUAGACAUAUGUUCUGAACUUAUUUUUCGGAUAAUUCUCAGAGUUUCAUCUUGGCAAUGUCUACCUAUAGAAUGAGCCGAUUAAUUGACAGGUCAGGUCCAAUUACUGAUUAUCAAUUAUAUCACUCAAAAUACAUCUUUGAUCUGUUGAGUAAUGUAUUGAUCAUACGAUGUAUCUAGCUUAUUCUGUCAGGAGCCCCGAAAUACUAUUUUUUUUUUUAUUUGAAGUUGAACAACA